CGUCUAACAUUUCACACCGCGCAUUUCAAACUCUUCGUCUCUCUCCCUCUCUUUUUUCCUCUCUACCCACAAAAUUAAAAAUAUGAAACUGGAGAAAUCUUCAUCUAAGUGCGGUGAUUGUGGUAAUUGCAGAACUAUUUCAUUUGAUAGUAACAAUCACAACCACCAGCAGUAUGAUCUCUUAAAUGGAAAAGACGAUGACGUUGAUUGUGUGUUCGAUCAUUCGUAUGAUGAUCAGUUCUUCGUUCCGCCAUUGAAUUUUGCUAUGGUUGAUAAUGGCAUCUUUCGUUCUGGUUUUCCUGAGGAUGCCAAUUUCCGUUUUCUUCAAUCACUAGGCCUUCGUUCAAUAAUAUAUAUGUGCCCGGAGCCAUAUCCAGAGGAUAAUAUUGAGUUCAUUAAGAAUAAUGGAAUCAAGCUUUACCAAUUCGGAAUUGAAGGUCACAAGGAGCCGUUUGUAAACAUUCCCAAUGAAGCAAUACGUGAAGCGUUAAAAGUUCUCCUUGAUGUAAGGAAUCAUCCAGUUUUAAUACACUGUAAAAGAGGAAAGCACCGAACCGGAUGUGUGGUUGGAUGCUUAAGAAAAUUGCAGAAAUGGUGCUUAUCAUCUAUCUUCGACGAGUAUCAACGUUUCGCAGCAGCAAAAGCAAGAGUUUCCGACCAAAGAUUCAUCGAGUUGUUUGACAUAAGUAACUUGAAGUAUUUUCCAUUGUCCUUUUCAAAUUCAAAAUUGUUAAAUUAGGUUGGAUUUACUAUGGAUGCCAGUAUAUUAUCGAGGAAACACAAAGUGCACACCCUUCAUAAGCCAAGAAUAUAUACAUUCCAAAACUAUAUGAUAAAGAAAAGAAUGAUUCCAAUAACUUAUAAAGUACACAUAAUGUUUUUAAUUUGUCAACGUAGAAUAAACCACUCAACAAAAAAUUAACGAAUUUAACAAAUGAUUCCACGGUACUUAGUACGGAUUAUCAAUAAAUGAUGCCAAAAUAACAGUGCCUUGUGCUCAGUACCAGUACGGAACAAUAAGAGGUUAGAGGCGUAUUAAGUGUUACUCUUAAUUAGCCUGAUUUAGUUCAACGACCAUGUGCUAAUUUUUCUUAAACUCCAGUUAUAGAUUUAAUUACGUGCUUAUCUAGCUCAGUUUUAGUAAUACAUAUUUUCAGUAAUGAAUGACGGUCAAAGCGAGCUUAACUGGAUGGUUAGCUCGCCAAUCGUUUUCAGUGUCCAGUUUUAAGUCUACAAUCAUUGUAGACCGGAGAAAAGGAAGCCAGCAUUCACACACAUAUUUGGUUAUUUCAACAAUGGAAUUUGAUUUCCUAACGUAAUCUCUUUGUAAUGGAUUACUUGAACAAUCAUUACAAGUUACCAAUUACCAUGAAUUUGAAAUUGUGAUAUAUGACUUGAAGCUAACUUUGGGCAUAAUGAAAUUAUAUUAUCCAAAUCAUUUAUAUUUUCCUGCUUCUCAGUUUCUUUUUGGACUUCAAUAUAAUUGGGUUUUAAACAUGAUUUAUGAUUUUAAAAUUUGACGAGAAGACUUAUGUUAUACUUCUAUUUAUUUUCACAUGUUGUCUGUUAUUCUUGUUUUGUAAUUUGGAGUAUUGGCUUAUAAUAUUAAUAACAAAUGUUUC